CGACAGACUGACUCCAUCUGACCGGGACACGUAUAGCCGUGCCAGUUGCCGUCCGUUGCCCAAACUGUAUCCAGCCCUCUCGGUCUCGGAUAGACAGCGACGGAGAGGAGAGCGGCGGGCGGAGAGAAGUGGAGGAAGAAGACGAGGAUGGCCACCUAUUUCACGCUCAACACCGGGGCUCGCAUCCCCUCGGUAGGGCUCGGCACCUACAAGGCCGGACCCGGCGUCGUCGCCGACGCGAUCACCGCCGCCGUCAAGGCCGGGUACCGGCACAUCGACUGCGCGCCGCUAUACAAGAACGAGAAGGAGAUCGGCGUUGCUCUGAACAAGCUCUUUGAUGACGGCGUCGUCAAGCGAGAAGACCUUUUCAUCACCUCAAAGAUAUGGUGCAGCGAUCUCGCACCUGAAGACGUGCCGUUGGCGAUCGACAUCACCCUGAAUGAUCUGCAGCUAGAUUAUCUUGACCUGUACCUGAUACACUGGCCCUUCCAGAUAAAGAGAGGCAGCGAGCUCAGUCCAGAGAACUUCGUCCACCUCGACAUGCCCAAGACCUGGCAGGCAAUGGAGAGGCUGUACGGCUCAGGCAAGGCUCGCGCGGUAGGCGUCAGCAAUUUCUCGACCAGGAAGCUGGCCGAUCUGCUUGCCGUAGCCCGUGUCACUCCAGCCGUUGAUCAGGUGGAGUGUCACCCCGGCUGGCAGCAGGCGAGGCUCAGAGCGUUCUGCUGCUCCAGCGGGGUUCAUUUCUCUGCGUACGCGCCGCUAGGCAGGAUGAAAGCCGUCGCCAGUGACCCGGUGGUCGCAUCCGUAGCCGAGAGCUUGGGGAAAACUCCGGCACAGGUUGCUCUGCGAUGGGGUAUCCAGCAGGGCCAGAGCGUGCUUCCCAAAAGCGCCAAUGAGUCGAGGUUGAAGGAGAACAUUGACCUGUUUGGUUGGUCCAUUCCUGAUGAGCUGUGCGCCAAGUUUUCUGAAAUUGAACAGGUUAAGCAAAUCAGAAAUGACGCGUUUGUGCACCCCCAGAGUAUUUACAAAACAAUCGACGAACUCUGGGAUGGUGAGAUCUAAAAUGAAGAUCAUUUUCGGUACGAAAUCAAUCUGUAACCAGAGUUGAAAUUUACGCCAAAAAAGUAGGGAUAUAUGCUUUUGUCUUCCAAGGGGGGAAAAGGCACAUGUUUAUCUUAAGCACUACUGGCAACAGGCAUGUGGUGUGGGUUGCAUUUUCGGCAGGGCUGAGUGACGUCAGCAUAUUGUUGCAUUGCAGCAGAUCCAAUGAAGGGGCCCUUGAGUAAAGCAUAGAACGAACAAUUUUCAUCUGUUGUUGUCGUAUGCUCGUUUCAUCGAUGACUUUGUAUGUAGCAUUAAGUGUAGUUCUUAAAUAACCGAGAAGUCAUAUCCUGGCCUAGCCAAAGCUUCCAUUAAUUCAGGAUUCAGCACAUAGCCGAUCAUAAAGCUAGCUUUGAGAGCUCUUUGUUCCGGAAACGUUACGAAACGAUGAGCAAGCAUCGACAUUUGCCGGCCUUUAGAUAGCCUCAGGCGGCGUGCAUCUGCGCUCGCAGAAGCUGAUGAGGAUGUCCGCACACCGGAAGACGGGUGGUUCGUCGAUGCCGCCGGUGGGGGCAUGGUUGUGAUGGUCAUCAAGCUCCAAAAUCAAUAUAGAAAAUGGUUUAAAGUCAUUUACCUUUCAAUCUCUCCCUUUUUGGUUGAUGUCAACACAUAAACAAAGCAAAUAUCAUAUUAUGAAAAUUGUAACUAGUUUGCAA